AAUAACAACGCCGCAAAGCCUCAGCGUGCGCAAUCUUCAAUGGAAGUUGCAGAGAUAGAGGAAGCAUUGAAGGUGCUUCAAACCUCUCUCCUCCGAACCAAAUGGCGACUCAGACCUGCUUCAAAACGUCGCCUUGAAACAGAUAUGUUGGCCUUGUGCACAGGGAUGAGGCCAGUAAUUAUGGUGGACUACGGUGGAAAGAUGCCUGAACUGCAAGAACACCUGUGCGGAGUUCUCAAGCUUAGUCAAAAGGAAUCAUCCAUGUUUGAGAACCUGAGAGUCAUGGUUAUAGAAGACAUGAUAUACUUGAUACACAUUAAAUGGCUUGCGGAGUUUGUUAGGUCAAGCUUAAAUUCAGAAACAGAACUGCUUUUUGCAGACCUUGAACAGGAUCCUCCAAAGAUGAUAAUGCAUGCCAAAGAAAGCUCAGUAGCGAUGGAGCUUGUAUCAGUUCAGAAGUGGUUUUCUUUGAUCUUUCCUGUUGACAGAAUGAACAGUGAUCCCUUGCCAUCUCACCGAAUUGACUCAAUGUCCAGUGGAAAAUCUAGAAUAGAGGAGCUAGUAAUGUCACAGUCUUCUGAACUUAUUGAUCUCAGUAGGUGCAUGCAAGAAACAGAAAUCACCAUACCAACUCUGAAUGGUAUUUUGUUACAGAUGGCUUCUUGGUUAUCCAAUUGUGUACUUGUUCAGCAAGGAGCAUAUUUCAGAUGCUAUAUACAAUCUUUCCACCAAGUCUCUUCAUCUCUUCAAAGUUCUAGUCCGCAGGAAUGGUACGUCCAAUAAGGAAUGCCGGGAUGAGGAAUUGAUGAGAACCAUUUGAUCAGCUUAUUCUCUGAAACUUCCACCUAACCUGCAAAUGCAGCUGCUUCUUCUCUUCUGUUAGAAGUAGGUCUUGCCAAUACUUUUCUCAGUACCGAAUUGAUAUGCUGGCAGAAACUAUGGGUCGGAUCUCGGAUAAUGAUAUUAACAGUGAUGAUGUAGGAAUUGAAAGCGUGAGAAUAAAAUUGAUUAUGUGGAUUUUCAGUAAAUUAAACUAUGCCUAUGGGUGUCUGGGGUGCUCGAUGGGUAAGUUAGAUACCAACUUAACCUUUGGCAUUAAACACAAAGUGGAGUUGUCCUCAGACUUUACCUAAGUUUUUUAUGCUGGAAUCAGAAGUCAUAGGUUGGCACAAGUUUAUCAUGUCAACAGAUUCCAGGAAAGAUGUGUAGUGUUACUAUUGUGAUGUGCUACUGCAAGAAUAUUGUUAACAUCAUU